GGAGGAAAAGGAGGAGGAGGAGGAGUGUGGAUACCUCGGUCGAGCUGAGCUGCCGCGUUUCACUCGAGCUCCAAGUAGUUUGACGAAGUUUCAGUGAACAAGUCGUGGAUUAGCCGGAACAGUGAUGGAGCUGCGUGUGGCCCGGUUGGGCUUCGUCCUUUUGAGUCUGUCCGCAGGUUUGAUCUCGGGUCUAGACAUCACGUCUACACAGUCCACAUCCAUAGAGAGGGCCAGUGGUGAGACUGUGAAGCUGGACUGUCAGUUUACUCUAGCAACUAUAGACUCUGGACCGCUGGAUAUUGAAUGGAGCUUACUGUCUUCCGACAACCAGAAAGAGGACAAAGUGGUUAUCCUGUACUCAGGCGACAGGUCCUACGAGGACUACUUUCCACCCAUGAAAGGCAGAGUCCACUUCAACUCAGCCGACCCCAAAAACGGUGACGGCUCCAUCAACCUGACAGGGCUGAAAUCCACAGACUCGGGCACCUACCAGUGUAAGGUGAAGAAGGCUCCCGGUAUCCGCAGCAGGAAAAUUACGCUGAUCGUCAUGGUGAAGCCGUCCAAGCCCAGGUGCUACACCGAAGGCCCCACACAGGAAGGCAAAGACAUUACGCUGAGGUGCAAAUCUGGCGAGGGCAGCAACCCCCUGCAAUACAGCUGGGAAAAGAUCAGUGAUGGCAAGCUGCUGCCUGCUGCCUCUGUGCUAGACCCUGUGGGAGGUACCGUUAGUGUGAGGAACGCAUCUGCCAGCGCAUCGGGCACCUACCGGUGCACUGCCACCAAUCCUGUUGGCACAGAGGAAUGUAUACUUCAUCUCAAUAUAACACCUCCCCCCAACACUGCAGGCAUCAUUGCAGGAGCCAUAAUUGCUGUACUCCUGAUCCUCAUCAUUAUUGCCAUCAUCCUCUUCUGCUGUUGCCGUGCUCGUAACAGGAAGAAGUACGAGAAGGAGAUCUGCAACGAGAUAAGAGAGGACGUGCCUCCUCCUAAGAGCCGUGUUUCGACAGCACGCAGCUUCACCGUGGGCAGCCAGCGCUCCUCCCUGGGCUCCAUGUCGCCUUCCAACCUGCAUGAGUACGCCCUGAAGCCCCAGUACGACAAGAUUCCCUCAUCAGAAGAGUUCGAGAGGCCACCGAGCCAGGUCCCUCUGCCACCCCCCACCGGUGUCAGGAUGGCCGGCCCCAACCUCAGUCGCAUGGGAGGCAUUGCUGUCAUGAUCCCUGCCCAGAACAGGGACGGCUCAAUUGUCUAGCAUGUCCUCUUCAGAUGAAGGGGAUGUGUAACAUGGGGAGGGAACAGAGGAUAGUAGUAGGACACAAGACAAUGAAGGUGGCGCAAGAGCUGGGAUGGGCUGACUCACCUGAGUUGUAGCUCUUCAUUAACACACAUGGGAGUAUACUCCUUGUAUGAAGACCUGGCUCUGCUGCGGUGCUGAGAAGAGAAAUGGAGUGGUACUGGAAUCAAGACAGAGCACAUUUACUUUUUAUCAAAUAUAAAUACUACAAAAAAAAUCUGAAGUUUACUUCCUGGGCUUUCUCAACAAAAAAAAAGAAUUAGUGUGGGUAUAAAGCUUAAUGGUCAAUAUACAAAUUAUAUUGUACAUAAGUGAAUGCAUGUCUUUUUUUAUAUAUAUACAUAGAUGGCCCUUUCUGUAGAAUUCAGAUACAGGCCCCUAAUUGGCCAGUUGUACAGCUGUAUGCAUGCAUGUAUGUGUAAAAUUGCAGCAGUAUGUGUGCGUGAAAAUAAGUUUAUGUAUGUGAAUGGGAGAUAGGGAAAUAUAUAACUCAUUUAUUGUUUUAAACAGUAUAAUUUGUCAGGUGACCCAGUCUUUACUAGUUUUUAAUUCCAUACAUCAAUGUAAAUUGAGAUGGACCAACCCUUAGCAAAAAUUUAAGAUCAAUUUGAAAAAGAUUCACCCUUUGAAUUAAUCUUCCUUCUGAUUUGAAAACACUCUAUGUAGGUCAGCCGUUUCCUCUUGAAGCGUUUGAACUGUUUGAAUCGUCCAGUCAGGGUUUAGGUGGGGGGCUUACACGGACCAGAUUGGCUAAUGGGGAAGAGGGGGGUGAAGCCACCACAUCCUGUGAUUGGCUGGAUUAUUGCUCCUUGACCAAGCUUAAAAUACAAUAAAAGACCAUUGUCCAGCCCUCCCCCAGAGAUCUUAGAGGAGGUUUUGCACAACAAGGUUCACUGAGCAAUCCGCUUUAAUUGUGUUUGACUGUCAAUAGGCCCCUAACCUCAACGAUCACCAAAACACAAAAAUAGAAAGACAGGAAGACGCACACACCUUAUUAGCUGGACAAGAGCCCCAGCUCCGAUUUUUCAUAUGUAGUAGCAGUCACCCCCCCUUCGUGGUGCUGCAUAUGUAAUGCUCCUUUUUUUUUUUGCAGUGGCAGUACAAGGAGCCGAUAUCUUGAUUUAACCUUCUCUCUGUGGUCAAUAUGAAACCUGUCAUUGCUCCUGUAGUGCUAAUUGGCAUUUUUAUGAAGGAUGUAAAGUAAGAAAGUUCCCCAAAGAGGAACUAAUGAGAUGAGGCUCAGGAAGCUGAGUACUGUUUGUCUGUGUGGACUCGUUUUGUAGUCUGUCAGUGCUGGAUAAUGUUCAUUCAGGUGGCCAGUUUCUUUUUGCUUCGACGCCUUAUUAUAUUCCUUAUUUUUGCCUUACACACCUCCCACCAGCUCACCUCUGCACAGCCUCACCACUGGAUUCUACUGACUUCAAUUGUGCCUUGUUGUCCCUAGUUGAGUUUGGCCGUAGCACGUCAGUGUGCACUGUUAUGUGCAGUAGCAUCAUCCUGAAUCGACGACCCAGCCCAAAGCCACCAAAACAACAUUGAUGCGUGAGCCUAUUGGGUCCUGUUGCCUCAUUCAGGUCAAGUCUAGGAUUUCCCCACACCUGCUCAACUCCUGCAAAUUCACCCACAACCCAAAAGUACUUGUCAUAAAAAGCUUUUAUUUUAUAUUCAAAACAUGACUUUGUGUUCCUUUUUUAAACUUUAUUUUAACUUCUGUACUUGAUACACUUUUUUUAAAUAACAAAUACUUUUGGCUGUAUAUAUAAAUCUCCUGCGACCUAACCCUAUCUAAUCGCAACACAGUCCAAUGAUACACAGAUGAUGUUUGUAUGUAUAUGUGAUGCUCUGCCGUGCUGAAACAGAAGAGGAGGGGCCUUUCAGUACAAUGUAGACGAUCCCUGGUGUGAUUGGGAAUUUCUGGCAGCGUGUGUGCUUGCAUGAGAGUAAGUGACUGAGUGAGAGUUUGUGGAUUCUAGCAUCAUUGGGGACAUGACUGUUAUAGAAACAGAUUUUGCAGGUUUUAUGUUUAAGCAGUUUUCUGUCACCAAGGAAAGUGAGACCUGAGCCUGCUUCGAGUAAUAGAUUACAUCUCGGUUCAAUUUUUAACACUACUGUGUGGGUGUGAUGAGCAAGUGAGUGAGUAGUACGUGAAGGGAGUUUACUGUCAGAAUGGGCCCCUGUAGAUUUCUAGUGAGACUUUCACCUGCUGACAGGCUGUACCGAGCUCUUAGGGAGGUAAUCCAGUUACUGUCACUUCAUGUGCUCAGAACAUUAAUGACAUCUACUACUAACAAUAAUGACUGUAGCGUUUAAAUUUGCGUACUAAUAUUGUAUGAAGAUCUCCUUUGAGGUUUGCACACGGUGUGUUUUUUCUUUGUGUGUUUUUUUUGUGCUGUAUUUUUGAAUAAUAAAAGUUCAUGAAAAAAAAUAAAAGAAUAGGCCAGUG